AUGUUAUGUGGUGAACAGAUAAGUGAUCAUGAUAUGAUUGAGAAAACUCUCUCAACAUUUCAUCCUGGAAACGUAGUCCUGCAGCAACAAUACCGGGCAAACGGAUACAAGAAGUAUUCGGAGUUAAUGCAAGUUCUCUUGGUGGCAGAACAAAAUAAUGAACUCGUGAUUUUAAACCAUCAUACUCGUCCAACUGGAUCAGCUCCAUUCCCAGAAGUGAAUGUUGCAUCAUCAAGCCAUGAAAAUUGGCAAAGUGGACAUGGACGCGGUCGAGGAAAUGAUCGUGGUCGUGGACGAGGUUUUGGACGUGGUCGAGGUCGUGGACGAGGAAGAAGAUUCCGUCCUGCUGAUUUAAACGAUGGAAGAAAUAACAAAAAGUUCAAAGAUAAUGAAGUUGGUCGCAAGCAACAUGAGAGUGCUUGCUACAGAUGCAGCAUGAAAGGACAUUGGGUUCGUACCUGUCGUACGCCAAAACAUUUAGCCGAUCUGUACCGAGAAUCGCAAAAGGCGAAAGGAAAAGAAAGUGAAACCAACUUCAUCCAUGGUGAAUCUAGUUUUUCUUUCGAUGGUAUAAACGAUGAUACAAAUCUCGAUAUAUCUGAUUUCAUCGUUGAUCCCGAAGAUAUCAACGAAAAACAAAACGAGUAA